AUGCGAACUAUGGCCGCUGGCCUCCAGUUCUUCCGGAGCACCAACGGCGUCGUGUUGACGCCGGGCGAUGAACUCGGGAAGGUCUCAAGCAAGUAUUUCGACAAGGUUGUGGCUGUGGCGGAUGGUGCCGUUCUUUGGCCAGAGCCCCCAAGCCAAGCUGCGUCUCUCCUUGACCCUGUCAGUGCAAAGAUUGAUGGUCCCGAUGCCGAAGCAUGCCAGGAUGCGGACACCGAGGAUGAGGAAGUCCUGGCUGGCAGCAACGUGAAGCAGAUCAUCAAUUCCAUCAGCCUCCUCCUGUCUGCGGAGUCCUCCACCCUGCUGAGCUCCUGCCUGGAGCUCUUGCAAACGCUGGUCGAGAGCAUUGACUCCGGGGCGCUGCUGGGUGCAGGCAGCAGCCUAGAACGCCUCAUUCCUCGUCUCUGCAGUUUGGAGAAAGGCAGAGACAUCCUCUACGGCUUGAUCCAGCUCUUGCAGUGGUGGCCUCGCUACACUCAGCUGAUCUCCCUGGACUUCAAAAGCGAGUGGCUGUCGGAGCUGCUUCAGGAGAACAGCGAGGACGCCCCAGCUCCUGUGCGGUUGGAGGUACAGCGUGAGCAGCUGCUUGCGAGCCUUUGCGCAGGAUUGGCCCAGUGCUCCAAUUCUCUGUCUUGGGGUAUCGAUGUGAGUUUUACCGAUGAGUCUGACGACGAGGGGGAAGAGGACAGCAACCAUCGGCAAGAAUUCUUCCGUCUAGCUGCAGAUGAGUUCAUGAAGCUUGGGCUGUUUGUCAGCAAGGACGGACGGAAUUCGUCCUUCCACGUCAACCCGGAAGCCAACAGUGAGGAGCAACUCCGACAGUUCGAGCUUUGUGGCAAAGUGAUCGGCCUCGCGCUGCUCCACCAAGAAACGGUCCCGUCGAUGCGCCUCAGCCCGGCGCUGCGCAAGCUGUUGCUGAGCAACGCGAAGCUGGGCAUGGAGGACUUGGCGGCCGUAGAUCCCAAUUUCUACCAGAGCCACGUCCUGCGCAUCCUGGAGGGUCAUUACACUCAGGAGGAGCCGCCAAAGCAGCUUUCUGACUUGGGCCUGACCUUCGAAGAUGAGAUCGGUGGCGUGAAGACUGAGCUCUGCUGGGGGGGCGCUGAGAGGGUGGUGUCAGAGGAGAACAAGAGCCAGUACAUAGAGAAGCUGUGCCAUCAUCGGCUGUUGGGUUGCGUCCGGCCUCAGGUGGAUGCUUUGCUUCGCGGUGUUCAUCAACUGAUCUCUCCAGAAGUGCAGAGUCAACUGCAGCGUACCGUCUCAGCUGCUGAGCUUGGGAUGAUCCUUUGUGGAGCGACCAAGCUCAACUUGCAGGAAUGGAAGGAGGCCAGCACGAAGAUGGAGGAGCUUUCACCGGAAGCAUGGCAAAUGUUUUGGGAAGCUCUUGAGGCGAUGACGCCAGAGCAGCAGAACGGCGUGCUCGAGUUUGCCUCUGGCAGCUUUCAUCUUCCAGAAGGUGGCUUGGCAGCCCUGCAGUUCUCCGUGGCACCGACAAGAAGCACGGAGCCAACUGCAGUCCCAUGCUUCUCCACGCUCUACCUCCCUAGCUACAACUCCGUCCAAGAGAUGAGGGAGGCGCUCGUGAUGGCCUCCUACGGGCACCCAAUUAGCAAGUAG